AUGAAGGUGCUACUGCUGGCGGGAAUACUAGUUAUAUGUUUCACACCCAUCGUAUUUAGUCAAAAUGAUCUGCUGACCGAGUUUGACAAAUGCAGGCAGAACAUUACCAGCAUCGACCAGAGCUCAGAUGUGCUGAAAUAUAUUUCAGCGGAAAUAUUGUAUCUUUCUUUGUGUGAUAACGAUCUGCUGAGCAUCCAUAAACACUCGUUCCAGAAAUUCAGCCUUCUAGAAAAGUUGGUUCUGGAUAGAAACAGUCACUUAAAUUUUAAUUCCGAUGGAUCUGAGUUUCUUGAGUCAGAGAGUUUGACGGAUCUGCAUUGCUUUCGAUGUGGCGUUGAUAAAAUAUACAACAAAUCACUGCAAGGAAUGCCUCGAUUGGAGCAAAUCAACCUUACCGACAACCGAAUUGAACAGAUUGAAGCCAAAGCAUUUUAUGGUAACAAGAACUUGGAAAGGAUUGACUUGCGGUUUAAUAAGUUGCGACGGUUGCCUAGUGAAAUGCUGACACCACUUGACAGUAUCCGAUGGAUUGAUUUAAGUUCGAAUACGGAACUUGCUCCGGAGGGCAGUGAACCUUUUUUGAUAAGUACAGUGUUGGAAAAACUACGCUGUAACGAGUGUGGAUUUGUGAUAGUUCAGGAGUAUACAUUUUCCAUGCUGCCGGGCUUGAAGGAACUGUUUCUUCGAAAGAACAAGAUUUACAAGAUACAUAGUAUGGCAUUUCCUCAGUCAGCUUUAACGAAAUUGAUGCUUGAAGAUAAUGCGCUGAAGAGCAUUGACCAGAGUAUAUUGAAUGUGAUGAAUUUGACUAUUUGCUUGGACAACAAUAGUAACGAAAUGGAAUGCUUCCUCAAAGAUCUGUCGGAGCAGAAAAAGUUUUUCUGUUCUACUACAACGCAAGAGGAUGUUGAGUGCUUGCCACCAACUACAAUCAAAAUCUCUACCACUAGUACUAUCGAUGUCACUAGUAGUACCACCGAUAUGACCAUCAUUUCCACGAACGACAGAAUGCCCAUAACGACGACCAAUCAUCCGGAUACUUUUGCAAAAAGCGAAAAUCUUAUUACUUCAACCUCCUUCGCUCCAUCUUUGGAAAUCGUCGAAGGAAUUUCGGAUGCUUACAUCGGUGGCUACCUCACGUUGAUCUUUCUAGCUCAGAUCGUUACCUUUGUACUGCUGUUUGGAGUUUUGCUCAAGUUGAAGAAGUACGACACCGACCCGGAUGUCGAUAGGUACGCAGAAAAUAUACUUAAUCCGAAUCCCAUCUAUAUAGCCGUUUACUGAACAUCGGUGUAUUUAUCGCCUUCCAUUGCAAUGAUAUUUUAUCAAUGAAAAUCAUUGUCACAGCUCUACUCAUCGACAGAGAUAUCAGCGUUUCCAUCCUAAUAGCAACUCUAGCAAAGAUAUUAGCGUCGUGCAUGUGGUUGUAAGUGAAUCAUCUCUUUUGGAUCUGUAGAGUUGAUAAGAACUGAUUAUAGAAUAGUUCAAAUAUUUAUUUUUAUAUUUGAAAUA